GCCGAUUCGGAAGGCACAAGGCUAGCGCUCGCAAAGAAUUAAGGCCAGAUAUAAAUGCUUGCGAACCCACCAUUGUGAUAUUCUGGGAACAGCUGUAAAACUUCUUGGACGUGUCCAAAUUAAAUAAAUACUAUUUUAAAUUAGUUAGAAUGGCAAGAUAUCAGUGUUUGUUUGUGCUUGUUGCAUUAAGUGUUGUGAACGCUAAACCGAGGUUAGCAGUAUUCGGACCUGCACACACUGAUUAUGUUGAGCAACCAAAGUACGCAUUUAACUAUGGAGUAGCAGACCAUACAACAGGUGAUGUUAAAUCACAGCACGAGACAAGGGAUGGCGAUGUAGUCAAAGGCCAAUAUUCGCUAGUAGAACCCGAUGGCUCAGUGAGAACAGUCGACUACACCGCCGAUCCGAUCCGCGGCUUCAACGCUGUGGUCUCCAAAAGUGGUCCUACGGUCCACAACCCACCCAUUGGGUCGGUUCAAGUAGCGCCAGUUAAACCUAUAAUUCGAUAUGUGGAUCGUCCCAUACCGGUCCCAGUUGAAAUACCACAACAUCAAUUAAGAGGAUUUCAAAAUGAAAUAAGGCCGCCUGGUCCAGGGUACCUACCUCAGUUUUUGUACCCGUACGGCCCUAAGGAAGGACCGCUGCCCUCAGAAUUCAAUGGCCUUGAUUGGGACAGCAAUAAUUAUCCUCAGUUACCUUCUAGUUACUUCUUAUAGAUUUGUAUCGGGUACCCUUUUUAUGCGUUCUAUUUAAGUGUGUUGUGGUGACAUCUCUUCGCCAUAAGAUACUUUCUUCUUAAAUUUAAGAGAUAACUAUUGUAGUUGGAGUUACAUAAGUGGAGCAUCCUCCAUUCUAUAUAAUUUUAUUUUGAUAGAACAAUUGAUUCACUCUAUACCAUAAUAUACAAUAGAGAAAGAAUCUGAAUCGCGCAAGAAACGUUUUACGGAUCGCAGCAUAAAUACUCACUUUCGUCGGAGCACUCACCCUGAUGGAAGAACUUACCCGAAACUUCGUUCCCGCUACAGUAUUCAUUACAGUGCUACAAAAAUGUUUUCACUCCUUUAAUACUGUAGAUACUCGUAUUAGCAAUUUAUAUGAACAUUAACAGAAAACGAAUCCAUACAGCUGAACGUGGCAUAUCAGUUUUUCAACACGGUUCGCUCUGUCUACCCCGCAAGGGAUACGGAACAGAAGACUAACCAAAAUUAUUUAAUCAGAUUUAUGAUAAUCUAUUAUGAUAAUGUACAGUUAUUUAAUAAUUUAUUAAAUAAGUUCUUAUCUAUGUAAGAAAAAAAUAUUAGAUUGGAAAUCAAUGAGAUAAUUAGUUUAUUUAUUUAGAUUAAUAGUAAAUAUUUAAGUACUUACCUACCU